CAUAACCAAGGCAGAUUAUUCAAAGUGUAGCAAUGUAUUCCAAGAUCUAAAGAAAUCUGGUAGCUCUUUGUCAAGCAGCGGUCAGACAGGAGAAGGGGAAGAAACCUUUGACAUGAAGGCUGAGCCUACGAUGAAUACAUCAUUAGCUGAAGUGGAUUUGGAUGAGUCACCUUCGGAUAAUUUCAAAAAAGAAUUGAGACUGCAGAAUUCUAUCCCCAUAGAGAAAGAGCAACAGUGUUUACAAAGCAAUGGCUGUUGCAUUGGUCCAGGCUUUGCAGAAGGAAAUGUAGAGCCAGAGGAAAAGGCCAUGAUAAAGAUAGCUGGAAACAGCUACCUUGUGUCUCCCAGACUACCUGACUUUCAUGGCUGUAGUCCUGGUUGGAGUAGCGCAUUUUAUGGAGCUGAAUGUUUUGAUUCAGAAGUUCGUAGUUAUAUGAAAAGGCUUGGAAAGCAGAAAUCAAGUGAGUCACAAAAUAUAGAUGCUAAAAAAGUGGAACUAGAACAAUUGCUAAUGAUGGAGACCAAAAAUUACAGAAAGACCAUAAAGUUUUACCAGAAACUAUUGCAGAAAGAAAGAACCAAAGGUCUUGAAACUAAAUCUAUGUUGCCCAAAUUGAGAGGACAACUACAGGAGAUGAAAUCAAAAGUGCAGUUUCUUGAACUGGUGAAGAAAUAUGUGCAGAUCAUGUAUGCAGAGCAGUGGGGUGUGGAAUCCUGUAUGCUGCCUACAGUCAUUCACAACGGGAGAACUGACACCGUGGGUGUGGCACCUACAGAGGAGUCAUCAUUGCUUCUUUACUAUAACACAGAGAAACACCAGUGUAAAAAUGAAAAUGGAAUAAGAAUUCUGCAGGCUGGGACACCACUUGGUUUAAUGGCUUAUUUAUAUUCUAGAAAUGCGUUUUUAGAAGGUUAUGUACAACAGUUUCUCUACACAUUUCGCUAUUUCUGCACACAAGAAGAGUUUUUGCAGUUUCUCCUUGAAAGAAUCAGCAGCACUUUAUCAAGUGCAAGCCUGGAUCCUUCCACGUCACUUACCAAAAUACGUAACCGCAGUUUCUACAUCCUGCAGGCUUGGAUUGAAGACUGUUACAGUGUAGACUUUGCAACAAAUGUUGAUCUUUUGUGUAUCCUAAAAGAAUUUAUUUCUUCCAAGGUUGCUCCUUUAAAUGGCUAUGGUGAGCGCUUGUUGUCAUUGCUUGAGGAUGCUUCUGCCAGGAAAAGUGGCAAUGCUCAUCAAUGCUCCAACAUGGACAGAUGUGAAGAGGACGGCGAGGAGGACAGAAAAACAUUACAUUCUCUAUGUAAAAAGCUCUCAGAAGAUGUUUCCAGAAAGAACUUUAACUGGAAACUUUCUAAAGGUAUGGGACCAAUUGCACAACAUCAGAGAGAACGACUGCACACUAUUUCAUCAGUUUUGCCAAAGCCAUGCUAUAACAGUUUUACAGAAGAAUUACCAGUCUCCUUUGCUAAAGCAGAUGAAGUAGGACCGUAUCUCUUGAUAGAAUACAGUGUGCAACAGCUUUUUUGUCAGCUGACAUUACUGCAACAGGAAGUAUUUCAUAAAUGUCAUCCAGUACACUUUCUAAAUUCAAGAGCACUUGGUGUUACAGACAAGUGUGUUGCUGUCCAAAAAGCUGUUUCUACUGAGACAGUUUCACUUAAUGUCUGUAAUCUGUUUAUGUCGAAGUGCAUACAAGACCAGUACCUUCUACAGUUACUGAGAAAUGCAGACAGUAUCAGCAGCUGGGUUACUGCUGAAAUUGUAAUGUGUCACACAUCUAAGCUGCAGGUGAGCUUGUUGUCAAAAUUUCUUCUUAUAGCAAAAUGCUGCUAUGAACAAAGAAAUUUUGCUACUGCAAUGCAAAUCCUAGCAGGCUUGGAAAAUCUUAUUGUACGGCAGUUACCAGCCUGGAAAAUUUUACCUGCAAAAGUAGCUGAAAUUAUGGAGGAACUCAAGGCUGUUGAGGUUUUUUUAAAAAGUGAUAGCUUGUGCUUGACGGAAGGAGAAAGAUUCAAAACACUUCCAACAAUUCCAUCGGCCCAUGUUUUGGCUAUGCAUGUCCAGCAACUUGAAACUGGAGGAUUCACAAUGACAAAUGGAGCUCACAAGUGGACUAAACUUAGAAAUAUUGCAAAAGUUGUGAGCCAAGUUCAUGCAUUUCAAGAGAAUCCUUAUACGUACACACCAGAUUUCAAGCUGCAGUCUUACCUCAGACAAAGAAUAACUCAUUUUAAAGAUGCAGACAUUUCUGCCUUGGCAGCUGACAACUGUGCCAACUUCCAUCAAAUACCAGCAGAAAAACAUUCUCGAAAAAUUCAGGACACACUGCGCAGAAUGAAGGCAUCAUUUCAGUAAUUACUUACAUUUCAUCUGUUCUAUUCCAAGUGUAGACUGUAAAACUGGAUUAAGUUGACUUCAUCUCCUGGACAAUUUCCAAGCAAAUACUUAAGUGAAGUGACUUAAAAUGUGAUCUCAAGUUGAAAUUAUUGUAUUUCUUAACAUGGAAUUAUAAAAUGCUGACUAAUGAGAUUUGAAUCCUUGGCAACUGGA